AUGACUGAUGCACCAGUGGCUGCAAGGCGCAUACUAAUUUUGCCAGUGAAUCAGUAUGCUUAUGGCCACUGUUGGAAAGCAUUUGCACUCCUGCUUCUACACAGUGUGGUGUGCCCAAUACCAUUUCACACAUCCAGAAAUAGUGGCCAUUUUCUGGCAAAAGCCAAACAUUUACAUUGUCAAGGGAUCUUGUGUGGCAACCAAGGAGAUGACUCAUAUGGAUUUGCUCAUGGUAUCAUGGGUAACUUGAAUGUACUUCAACCUGUAUGUGGUGAGGAGCGGCAAUAUUCCUGCAAUGAGUGUGGUGAAUUAUUCAGUCACCAGAUAAUUCUGAGAGCACAUCAGCGCAUACGUAGUGGGGAGAAGCCUUAUUGUCGUGAUGGAUGGAAGAAGUCGUUUAAAAAGCAGAGUCAUCUGAAGACACAUUAG